AUGCAAGUGUUGAUGGUGCAAAUGAUCCUGGGUCGAUGGACUGAGAUACCACUGUCAAGCCGAAGCUCGUACGUGUCCAGCAAGGGGGAAUGGAUGGUCCGCACACCUGUGAAGCCCUGUGCUUCGCGAGUGUUGCUGCCUAGGAAUGCGCUGGUGGGACUGACUGACUCCUUUCUCGCUUCGGCAAUCCACUCUGGCUGGAAUCUGCUGCAUGUGCCGCUGGCUGAGCUCGAUCCAGAAUGUCUCCCUUCCGUCCCCUCUUCCUUGCCCUCCACGCUGGGAGGCAUACUCUGCGAGGAUGUGUUUGAACACAAUCACUCCCUCACUCGAAAGGAGACGAGCGAAGCUGGAACCGGCAAACUGAUGCGAUCGAUCGAUGCACCAUCCGUCCGGUGGGCCAGGCUCAGAUUGAACUCAGCUCGAGAGCAGCCGCAGCUGUGCAUCGGAUUUGCCAUCUGCAGGGAACAUAAGGAAACUCAGACCCGCCCGGGCUUCACAGUCACACGUUCCCUUGCAACCUGCUCCAGGGAUCAACUGCCUGUCUCCGUUGUUGGGCUCGCUGGCCAGACUUGUACCACUGGCACAGAAAUCCGAAUCCUUAAUCGGAGGGGAGUGCAUGCUGCAAGUGUAUCUCGGUCCCAAGUGUAUGCAUGGAAACCCAUUUGUAAGGAAUCACAAGCGGCAAGCCCGACGCUCUUUGAGAAAGUGCAGCGGUGCACCGCAUCGUUGUACAGACAGCAAGCAGUUCCUUCCGAGUUGAGAACUUGCGCAGGCCAGUGUGUGACGACUGAUCCAUCCAGUGAGUGAGAACCAGCCAUGAAGCUACGGUGCCCAAGUCCUACUUCAAAUCCAUCUGAUCGAUUUUACAUUUUCAAACCCGUUGCUUCUGAUCUGAUCUGAUCUGAUCUCACCUUUAGACAUGCUUGACUUUGAGCAAGACGAUCAAGGACACUGAGAACUCAAGGGCUGCCAGACAGCCAGGUAGCCUGACCAUGCAAAUGUGUCAGCCGUGUCAUCCAAGUUUCCUGUGCCAGGUCUGUGCAGCUGAAAAGGUUAUUCGGACGAAGCGGUGUCGCGGAAUGGUGACCUCGGAUCGUCCAGUUUCAGCGCAAGGGGAAUGUGCACGGAGCCAGGUGCAUCACUGUGCACGAGAAUCCGCAUCCAUUUCAUUGUCGACUGGAGACUCGACGCACGAGACAACAAUUGGGUGACGUCCAUGGCAUACAGACGAAUCUACUCGUGAAGAAAGCGGCCUAUUCGAGUCCAUUAGGAGCUGGACCCGGACAGAAGACGAUCAUCCGUCGGCUAGUGCAGCUCGAGACUUGCGUAGCAAAGCUGAAGGAUAAAAAGUGAAGUUAACCGCUUGCAUGCCUAGAUGCCCACCUCCCUUUUUGGGUCCAGUGAAGAACAGCAUGGUCAUGGUGUUGCACGCAACGAGAUCUAUCUAAGUUUGGUGAUCACAUGGGCUAGGCUCCCGGGAAUUCCAUGAAGAUUAUACUGAAUUGAAUGCCUUGUCUGGCAUGGGUAUCCAUCGCCAUGCUCUUCAUCCAGGGAGGGGUGCAAGGCUGCAUCUUCGCAAAUGCUGUGAAUAAACCUCUCGCUUCGGAUGCUCCACAUGCAUGUCUUCCCUCCAGAUGCAGCAUCUGCACAUUAUCGCCAAGUGGGCAGAUCGUCUCUGGGAUUCCGAGAUGCCUAAGCUUGGAUCACUGCCGGUCUACAGACUGAAGGAUUGCAAAUACGUUUUUGUUCAAUUCAGCUUUGGAUUGAGUGUUGCAUCCUCACACCGUUCAGUCUUAUCCUCUCUCAGACUUCUGAGCUGAAUACAGGAGCUCAAAAAAAAGGACGAGUGAGAAUUGGAGACUUGGGCCUCACUCUUCAGGGGCAUGUGCAUGUGAUCGUAGGAGGGGUGAGCGAGGACGAGGAGGAGGAGCAUUCAUGGUUCAAAUGUGACUGAUUCCGGAGUGGGGUGAUCAUGUUGCCGUCGGGACUUGAAUCUGAUCCUGUCUGGAUCUAGAGCAGUGCACAGAUCUGGAAGGGAUCACUAAAAUGACAGGAGAACGGUCACUUAAAUGUCAUGGAUAGAGUUCAUAUAUCAUAGAUUCUCAGCUUUUUGCUUCUAAAGCACUUCCAACAAUCGGACUCUGUCAAUAAUUUGCAGCCGUUUCGUGCACAUGUAACAAACGGAUUAGUUGCUGACCGGGAAAACUGUGAACUUACGAAGAUGAUGGCGAUUUGUUAUGAUCAGAUCAAAGGACUCACGCAGCACCAUCUUUGUGCGCGGCCUCAAUGUGUGGAGACAGCUGUGUAAUAUCUGAGUGUCCAUGGUUCUGAGUCACAUAGGUGUAAGGUUUGCCCGAGGUUUGUAGAUGCGGUUAGGCCAUGGGCACUCGUGAGUCAAAGAGGUCUGUUUCGACCAUCUCAAAGGACUUAGAGGGCACCAUUUUUGUGCACUGGUGAGUCAAAGAGAUCAGGCCCUCAACGUUGUUGUGGGAGUUUCUUUCCGCACACAUCAGAGGGCCACGACCUUCCGUC